GCCUUGGUAGUUGCUUGGUACCAAGCUGCCACAUGGUGGGGCCAAAGCCCUGCUAAAUAGAUAAGUAGGACUUCAGGUCUUUGGCACCAUCUUGUGGCGUUCCAGAAAGUACAAAAACUGUGAGCAAGCAAGCAUUUCAUCAAAUAACGGAGGAUAGAGUCCCCAAAUAUUGUUUCGAAGAUGUCAAUUUGUGAGUAGGACACUGCAUACUUUUGUGAAUUGUUUGGUGGUGGGCCAUGAGACUUUUCAAAGUAAAAUGUGUGCGGUUUGCGUAUGAAACCUGCGCAAGCAUGGUUGGGUUUCUUCCGGGUACUCCAGCUUCUCUCACAUGUGACGGCGUGCCACUUCUUUUAUCUACCAUCAUAAUAGAAGGCCUGCAGGCUUGCACAGUUGUCCAUUACUUCAAGAGGAGAUGCUUGGAAUACGGCUUUUCAUGCGCUUGUAUGUCUGUCUUCACUGGCUGCUUUAAUUAGAGGCCUGGGGCUUCACUUUGAGCUCCUGUGUGCGCUUGAGAAAGAGCCACGCACGCUCGCUCGCACGCACACACACACUAGUGUAAGUCAUGGUGUGAACCAGUCAGUGAAGAUAGCCAGUGCGCGUCAUUGCGGUCUGCUUUGGAAGGGCUUCUUGGUUGACUCGUACAAGAGCUGAGAGGAUGCGGGACGGUGUCUCUGCUGCCGCUGCUGUUGCUGCUGCCGCCACCCGAGAUCAUGCACCAAUAAAUCCGCGCGGCGUGGAAGCACCAUGGCUGUUGACGUCAGUUCAAGAUGAUACACACAAACACAUCUGCGUGCAAGCCUCCUCCAAAUCUGCUCCAUCAAUCACAGCAUCCAGUUUUAGUUUCUGUCGUCCAGCCGUGGAGUACAGAGCUCUGCCCGACGACAUUAAAGAGCAGCUGAGCGCACGCACGGGCGGCAACCUGACAUGGCACGACGGCCGAGGCCAGAAGGCUGCGGCAGGUCGGGCGGUCAAACUGCUGCAGCGACCGGGCGCCGACGCCUGCCAGUAUCGUUCCAGCGACAAUUACAGCAUCUACAACACCAGCCCGACGCAGCCCAGCUUGGUCCGACCGGUAGUUCUGUGGACGCAGCAGGACGUUUGCAAAUGGCUGAAGAAGCACUGUCCUCACAACUACCUGGCUUACGUGGAGGCCUUCUCCCAUCAUGCCAUCACAGGCCGGGCGCUGCUGCGUCUGAACAGCGACAAGUUGAAGAGGAUGGGACUGGUGCAGGAGACACUGAGGCAGGAGCUGCUCGAGCAAGUUCUUCAGCUACAGCUUCGGGAAGAAGGACGCAACCUGCAGCUGCUCAGCAGAGGUGAAGGUUCCUUUCAAAAGAGGUCAUAAGCGGACGACCAGAAAUGUGGACGUUUUAAGUACUUCAAAGAAAAAGACAUUUUGUGGGUCGUAAUAUUAAGUGCAGGUGCACACUCAACAGACUGAUGACAACAAUCUCUUCUGUUGUGAUUUAUUAUAAUUUGUCUUUGUUGUGUUUAUAUUUGUAUCUGUGGAAACCAUAUCAAAACCCUGAACCUGAAUCAAA